AUGGCCCUCUCGGAUUUCGUGCUACCUGUGCUCUUGGGAAUCACCGCUAUUGUGGCUCAGAACGCACACAAGGAGCUCAAGUGGCCUUUUAUCGAUGAGCUCUUCCACCUUCGCCAAUGCGCUGCCUACUGUGCUCACAGCUUUCACGUGUGGGAUCAUAAGAUCACCACGCCUCCAGGGUUGUACAUUCUUGGAACGUGGUGGCAUCAUUUGUUGAAAGCCAUUGGGGUGCCGAAUUCGUGUGACGCUACAGCGCUACGCCUGUUGAACUUGUUUGGUGGAAUCGUGGUGUUACCCUUGGUGCUUUCGAUGAUACCGACAGAUAACUUCUGGAGCGUCAAUAUCGUGUCGUUGCCCUUGUUGUACACAUACUGCUUUCUUUUCUAUACUGAUGUUUGGUCUACGAUCUUGGUGAUUUUGCCGUUGGUCAUAGUUACUAGACACAGAUCUGUGAAAGGUGCGGUGUAUGCCAAUAUAGUUGGUUUUGCUAGUCUUUGGCUCAGACAAACGAACAUUGUAUGGCUAGCGUUUGCUGCUGUUGUUUUAAUUGAUCGCAGAAAACACCUGGCAACGCCGUUUUGGAAACAAGUUCCCAAAUUCAUCACUCAGUGCUUUCGUGACUGGCUUUUAUUGGUGCCUUUCGCUGUGAAUGCCUUUUUAUUUGCUGCCUUUGUAUACUACAACGGAGGAAUCACUUUCGGCGACAAAGAGAACCAUCAGAUGACGUUGCACUUGGUUCAAGUUUUCUACUGUGCUUCCUUCUUGACCUUCUUCUUCGUACCGAUCUGGAUAUCUCCAUCAACCAUCAGGGCCUAUGUCAAUUUCACACUUGCGGGCAGAAAGAGACUCAACAUUCUUUUCACCCUUGCAUCCUAUCUAUUGAUAUACUAUAUUGUCAAACACUAUACCGUGGUGCAUCCAUUCUUACUUGCGGACAAUCGUCAUUAUACCUUCUACAUCUACCGCAAAAUAUUAAGUCAUCCAUCAGCUGUCUAUGUUACGGUUCCAUUUUAUCACUUCUCGUUGUGGGUCAUUAUACACUUGCUUGCCAAGCUGCACAAAUCCUCCAUGUUGUCCUUACAUCCCAUCAGUAUUAUUGCAUUAGUAGGGGCUGCUGCAGCCACAUUGGUACCCUCGCCCUUAUUUGAACCCAGAUAUUACAUUGUGCCCUUGGUGAUCCUGCGGAUCUUUAUUCGUCCCGGAAAUGAGUUGCUAGCUCGUUCACAGAUCCAUAUGCUUGAAUUCUUGUGGUAUCUGACAAUCAAUUCAGUGUUCUUUGUCAUCUUUUUUAAUUAUAGAUUCACUUGGUUCUCCGAGCCAGGUAUUCAACGUAUCAUAUGGUGA